GGGAUCUUCGCGUUCUUAGAGGACUAUAGGAUGGUCUGGAGGUGUAUUCAAAUAGCCGGGACUAGAAUUAGUUAAGAAGAGGGCUUUGCAAUUAAUUCUUGGUUGACUGUCCUGAGGACAAAUGACGCCACCUUGGGCCUAUGGCUUUCUUUUUAACACUCGCAAGAAUUCCAAAGGAAUUAUACCAAAAUUCUGAUGUGCUCCCAAUAAUAAAACAAAGGAGUACUCACCAAACAAACUAGUACUCACUAAGAGGAGUACGACCAAAAAAAAAAAAAAGUCUUAAACAGAUCCUGAAUGAAGUCGGAAAGCUGAACCGAAGGGAGGGGGUUCAGAAUCCUAAAAGAGACUCACCAAACCGGGAAGUAGACCGUGACUCACAGAAAUGAUUAGUGCAGGAGGCUCCGUGUGGGUACGUCACUUGAUGCCCUGGAUCAUCAUUCUUCGGGGGUCAUCUCCUUUGGAUCCCACUUCUGACUCCAAGGAAUAUUAACCUAAAUUAAGAGGAAGGAAGGAAUACCUGGCAAGAACGAAUCCACCUCUGCCAUACCUACCUCACCCAAGAACUACAUUUCCCUUUAUGCUUGGCGCAACGCACUCCUAUGAAGUGAAAAGAGCGACAAUUACUUCCUAAGGCCCCUUUUUUCACCUUCGCCCGCCGAUGCCGCAGUGUUCUAUGGGAAUGGUAGUUCUAGCGCUCGUUAUCUGGCCCUGCUCAAACUGAGCCCAAACUAAACUUCCCAGCAAGCAGCGCACUCGCCUGGGAAAGAGGGGCAAGAUGGCGGAUGCUGAAGAGGCAGCUUUGCGGCCCGGAGGAGCCUCCGCUGCCCCAAUUUCAUUCAGCUUCAGUCGCACAUCUGCCCGGAGACGGCUCGCGGACGACGCGGGUGCGGCUCCAGAGGAGAAGGAUUUCUUAAAGACCGUGGAAGGGAGGGAGCUGCAAAGUGUGAAGCCCUCAGAAACCCCCAAGGAACUCAUCAUCCCUUUGAUCAAGAAUGGCCAUCGCAGGCAGCCACCGACCCAGGCCCCUGGGCCAUCCACAAAUACUGAGGCCUUGGUGGAUGGGGUGCUGUCCCAGGCUGUGAAGGAGCUCAUUGAGGACUCCAAGAAGUCCCUGGAGGAGAGAGAGAAUUCGGGUGUCGACCCCACGCUUGCUAUCCCCAUGAUCCAGAAAGGCUGCAUCCCUAACGGGGAAGGGGCAGACAGCGAACCCCGGGCUGAGACAGUGCCGGAGGAAGCUGAUUAUGAGGCAGUCCCCGUAGAGGCCUAUGGGCUGGCCAUGUUACGAGGCAUGGGCUGGAAACCUGGCGAGGGCAUUGGCCGCACCUUCAAUCAAGUGGUGAAGCCCCGUGUCAACUCACUGAGGCCGAAGGGGUUAGGGCUGGGCGCCAACCUGAAUGAGGUCCAGGCCCUGGUCUCCACUGGCCCCCACCACCAACCAAAGCCAGAUGAGGAGCAAGAGAAGGAUAAGGAAGACCAGCCUCGAGGACUGGUGCCUGGAGGGGCUGUGGUGGUUCUUUCCGGCCCUCACCGAGGCCUCUACGGGAAGGUAGAAGGCCUCGAUCCUGACAAUGCUCGGGCCGUGGUUCGCCUGGCCGUGGGGAACCGCAUGGUGACUGUUAGUGAGUUCUGCCUACGGCCUGUCUCCCAGCAGGAGUUUGACAAGAACUGCUUGGAUCUCAGCCAGAUGAACAAAACUUCCCCAGGGCAACAGAACGGAACAGCCUCAUCAUGGAAGGCCCUCCGGGAUCAGGACCUUCCCGGCCGGCGGGAGGACUCAGAGAGGAAGCGGAAACACCUUCCCUACCGACAGGAGGAGCCUGCAGCCAAGAAUGAGAAGGCCGGCCCCCGGAGCCAGCACUGGUUGCACAGGGACCUGCGCGUGCGCUUUGUGGACAGACAGCACAAGGGCGGCCAGUAUUACAACACCAAGAUGACGAUUGAAGAUGUCCUCAGCCCAGAUACCUGUGUGUGUAGGACAGACGAAGGCCGGAUCCUGGAAGGUGUAAAGGAAGGCAUGCUGGAGACCCUGGUCCCCAAGGUCGAGGGCAACCGGGUGAUGGUGGUGCUGGGGCCACAGGCUGGAAGGGUGGGCCGCCUGCUGGGCCGGGACAGGGAACGGAGCCGGGCUCUGGUGCAGCUGCGGAGAGAGAAUCAGCUGGUGGAGCUUCACUAUGAUGCUGUCUGCCAGUACGUGGGCCCCAGGGACUCUGAUGAAGACUGACCCGCGACCCCACUCCCACCACCCCACCAUCCCCGGCCUGCUGCUGGCUCUGUACAGUGUGAAAAGCCUGUCUUCGCAGAGGUGGGGAGGUCACCCUUCCGCCAUCUGCUUGCACUGUAGCUCCAGGACAAGGGCAGGGACAGGGCACGAGAUAGACGGACCAGAAGGGAGGCUCGAAACAAACUGAGUAUUUUCCAGAACUUAGUGUGUAAUAAAAAUCAUUUCCCAAACUUAGUAGAAUGAUGAGAUCAUAAAUGUGUGCUGAGCUGAGUGGAAGUGGGAGCUGGGCUGACUGAGGUGGGAGCCAUUCCGGGCUUCAGCCCCAUGGCCCUGUAGGGGCUGACAGACAAGUCAAAGGAUCCACCUGCUCACAAGCUCAUUCUUGGAACACCAAAGCUAUGAAGUAUGUCCCUUGAGCAGAUACUAUGGAGCCUGGAAUGCCACAUCUCUGCACAGCUUUCUGAGUGAGAAUCCCAGCAGUGGCUCUGCUUUUACUCUUGGCCCAGAUCAGAUAUCUUGUGCCGGUAACGAGAGUCCAGAGGAAAGGGAGGCUUCUACCCACAAAUAGGAUAUGUUUGUGCUACCUCCCAGAGCGGCCAGUUAAUUUCGGGGCCCCCAUUUUAGGCCCCAAACUUUGGCUUGACGGUAAAAAAGUUUUGUGUGUCCCGGGUAGAAUUUCUCUGAUUCCUCCAGGUAACUGGACUCACAGAAAGGUGAUUGUCAGACAGUUCUUAAACUUUUUCCUAUUUAACGGGGUGAGAUAGAAAAGCAGCAAGGGAAGCCAGAGCUUUAGGCACAAUUGCUUCUAAAUUAUCCCCAAUCACUGAGUUGUUGAUGUAAUAAAUGGUGUAUGAGCUAGGUCUAUACCCCCGGUAUAAACUCAUGACAUGUCAGAACAUGGCACAGCACUGGAGAAUUGUUUUUUUAAAUAACUGAAUUAUCGCAUUAAAAUUCUUACAGCUCUUUUUUUUCUGAUUAAA